GCCUAUCCUGAAAAAUUCUUUUCAAUCUUACCGGAAGAGAACGACAUCCACAAGACACAGCCACGCCUAGCGAGACCUCUUAUCCUCGAAGCCAACCCAUCCCCUCUCGACAGCCAUUGGAACUAGGCAACCAAAGCGAGAAUCCCUCCAAUAGAAUACAAUACUAGAAAAAGGCAAGGAGGAACAAGAAGCAUCCAUGUCGGUCUCCUCCCUAUUCGGCUCUCCACUGCUGCUCCUACCCAAAUCAUCCUCCCCUUCAACAUCCUCCUUCAAACCCUUCAAUGGCGGAGCAACACGACUGACUCCGGCUCCCGGCGGCGGCGGGUUGGUGAUCGAAUCCUCUUCGCGGCCGACGAAGAAAGCGACGGCUCAUCAUAUGAAGACGAGGCCGAGGAAGAGUCAGCCGUGGGAUAUCAGGCGAAAGCCCACCGUUUACGCGCCACUUCCGGAGCUUCCUCCUGACUGGACUCUGGUUUCCGCCGCGGAAUCCCCCGCCGAUGGCGGUGAUGCUGAUGGCGGUACUGCCGUUGAGGCUCCUUUGCUUUCUGCUCCUUAGUUACAGGGAUCAGUUUCAAGUUGGUGGUUCCUUCUUCGUGCUGUUGUCUUGCGUUUUGAUUGUAACUCGGAUGCUCUGUUUGCUGCUCUGCCUUUAUGUACUCUUGUUUUCCGUCCCUUGAUUACAUUGGAAAUGUCGCACUCGUUUUCCGCUUCUGACCAUGGUAUGAUGGUAAUGGAGUUUACUGCACCAUCGAACACUAACUGGUAGAAGGAUUAGGCAAUGUGGCAUGCCAACUGUUCGACGUUUUGCCUCUUUAGAAACAACAAUGAGGGUAAGGAGAACGACAAGGGAAAGCAAGUAGACUACCAUUUGUUUGCGGUAGGUAGUAAGCUAAAACUGAAAUAGAUUGCUAGAACAAGGCAAAAGAAUGAAGAACAUAAACGUAAUGAAUCCUUUUCCAGUGAAGUGAGGAGAGAGUUCAUAUUAUUCUACCAUGGAAUAGGAAGAAAAGAAUGUACAUGGA